CCAACACAAGGGAAUUGCUUAUCAUCCUCCCACUCGUCGAAUUCUGUUUGAUCCUUAUUAUGCUGACCGUAAUCUCCCAGAGCCCAAGUGUGCACCUCGACUCACACCGUAAGCGAACUGUGCUCACUGUGUGCAUACCCGUUAUUGAACGUGUUACCACAGAUUUAUAUCAACCAGCAAUGGUAAAAGGGAACUGUUUUGGCGUCCGUUGGCUCGCUAUUCUUCGAUUGCAGCCAAACUUGUACGAUACUAGUCGAUGUCGAGUCCAUGGCCGUAGAUACCAAAUUGAAAUUUGUUCAAAACUACAUAAAAGUAACAAUGACUGUGACAGUGCAUCCGACUGAGUACCGCAACGGACAUUCGUUUUUGAGUUUUAAGAAGAACGCAGGGUCAUCUAACUUUACCUUGUCGCUCGCAACCUCCCUCGGAGCUGGCCUCCAAAUCCAAAACUCCUACUUCCUUAUACUAUCGACUAUGAAAACUCAUAUCUCUCAGUUCCCUUUGUCUCUCCUCAAAAUCCGGUUUCUUCGAACUAUUCUCACCAUGCUCCUUCUAUGCUCGGCGCUACUAGUGACGAUUGCUUCUGCAUCCCCACUCCCUCCCUUCCCAGAACAUUCAGAACUAGUUUUUAGUGCAGCCGACCCCAAUGUCAGCCUGACUUCGAUUGAGGGUUAUGAGCAUGCUGUCAAUGUGGAACACGGCACCUACGUGGUUGGUUCAGAUUCUCAUCAACCUGCUGCUGUAGACGACGAGUAUGAAGAUGAUUUGAAUGCGAUAACGACGGAUCAGCUGCAGCUCUAUCCGCGCGGAGUUGGCAAAGUAUUGAACAAGUUCAACGAUGGGGUAAAGCGAGUUUUCAACCCAUUAUCUUCGGACUGGAAAUUGUUGGGGUUUGCGUACACCAAACCGGAGCAGCAGCGGAGUCCAGAGCAGAACAAUGCAGUGGAUUUAAACCAGAUAGCACUUCCUGCUUUGCGUCUAGAGUCAAAAGGUGCCCUUCUAUAUCUCUUGACAAGGCUAGGUUUGAAAGACCAGAAUCCCAAUGAUCAGUACUCGACUUGUCUGGUGUACGCAAAGAAGAGUGAAAUAAAUAAGGAAAUGCCCCAUAUGUUCUACGAGGAAUCUCCUCCGUUACCCGCAUACGACGAACUUACUAUCGAUUUGGACGAAUCGCUCCCUGUAUACAGUCCAGAAACUCCUCCAGGCCAUCAUGCUCCAGAUCCAAGUACCCUGCACAUGCACACACCAGCAGAACACCACAACUCGAUCCGAUUCUUCAGCUAUCAAAAUCUGCAAGAGGUCACUGUGUUGGAAAUUUCUAAAGAAUAUGAAAGAAAGUGGAAAUUGUUUGGGCUGUGCCACCCGAGUGGAAGUGAAAAUCUGAUGUUUCUUCCGAAAAAAGCUGAACUUGACGAAUGGAAAUCGAAAAUCCGCGCAUGGCCCAAGAACCGUGAAUUGUGACUGAACUGACAGUUCUCGAACCUCUGUUGUAUAUAUAGUAGUUUUCAGCAUGGGAUAGUCGUCACAUGGAGCAAAAUAGAUUCGUACUGCAGCGAUGGUUGGAAUGGGUAGUCACUAUGUGUGCAUCGAGACCGAA